CGUCAUGACGUAGUAUUUUGUGAAUUAUGGCGGAAGUUCGGAAACGUCAACAUGUGCAAAUUGAAGGGAAAACCUCGGAUAAAAGCUCAGUAUCCAAGAAUGACAGUAAAGGGAUGACGAGCGGGAGGUCAGCCGUGUUCCUGAAGCUUUUCGCUGCCGGAUUUUACGGUCUGAGCUCGUUUUUAAUCGUUGUUGUGAACAAAAGCGUCCUCACCAGUUACAGAUUCCCCUCAUCAACAUGUGUUGGGAUCGGUCAAAUGCUGGCUACUGUACUAGUACUAGGAGCUGCAAAGGCAAUAGGUGUCAUCACGUUUCCAGGUUUGGACAGGAGCAUUCCAAACAAGAUGUUUCCCCUACCGCUUCUGUAUGUUGGGAAUCAGGUAUCAGGACUUCUAGGAACCAAGCGACUCAAUUUACCCAUGUUUACAGUUUUAAGAAGAUUCUCUAUUUUGUUAACCAUGUUGGCCGAGGGAAUCCUACUGAAAAAGACAUUCUCUGGGCCUAUCAAGGCAACCGUGUUUGCCAUGAUCUUUGGAGCCUUUGUAGCUGCGAGCACGGAUUUGGCCUUUGAUCUUCAAGGCUAUGUUUUCAUAAUGCUCAACAAUGUUCUGACUGCAGCCAAUGGGGCCUAUGUGAAGCAGAAACUUGACUCCAAGGAGCUUGGCAAAUAUGGGCUGCUCUAUUACAACGCUUUAUUUAUGAUCAUCCCUACAGUGGCAUAUGCACAUUUCGCCGGGGAUCUACAAAUGGCAUUGGAGUUUGAAGGGUGGUCGGACAUGCUGUUUUUGUUCCAGUUUGUGCUUUCCUGUGUUAUGGGCUUUGUUUUAAUGUACUCCAUUGUGCUUUGCACUCAGCAUAACUCUGCAUUGACCACCACCAUAGUGGGCUGUAUUAAAAAUAUUUUAGUCACAUAUCUUGGUAUGGUCUUUGGCGGAGACUAUAUUUUCACCUGGGUCAACUUCAUUGGAUUAAACAUCAGCAUUGCUGGCAGUCUGGUGUACUCCUACAUCACAUUCACAGAUGAACAAUCAAAAAAACCUUAAAAUGGGGGUGCCACUGGAAGGUUGGAGCUGAAC